AUGUUAGAACACAACGAUAUACAAGGAUAUUGGGGAGAAAAAACUGCCACAAAUUGGUGUGAAGAUAAUUAUUCUUUAACGCAUUAUAUUGCCGAAUUUUUCAACACAUUAUCAUCAUUUUGUAUGGUAUGUGUAGGAAUAUUUGGUAUGUAUAUGCACUCGAAAGGAUUUGAAACAAGAUUUUUAAUAUGUUUUGCUACAAUUAUAGUAGUGGGUAUAGGAUCAAUAUUGUUUCAUGGUACUUUAUUAUUCUCAUUACAACUAUUUGACGAAGUGCCGAUGAUGUUUUGUGUAACGACAUUAUGUUACUCGAUCAUUGAGAAUAAGAAAACAAGAAGAUUUGGUAGAUGGUUUCCGAUCGCCUUGGCAACCUGGUGUUUAUUAAUCACUUCCAUCAUGAUAUUUUCUGGGAGAUAUCAUCAUGAUAAAAAAAUGCAAUUAAUUGAAGUUUUUGUGUUUCAAGUGUCAUUUGCAAUAAUGGCGGGGUUUUUUUACAUCUACAUUAGUCUUUUAAUGGUUCGUCCUAAACUUUAUUCUACAAAACACAUCAAAACAUUAUGGAUAACGGGCAGUUUAGUAUUUUUAAUUGGUUACGUUGGAUGGAAUGUGGACAUGCAUUUUUGUAGUUUGAUGAACCAAUUACCGUUUAGUUUACCAAAUCCCCAAUUACACGCCUGGUGGCACUUAACAGCUUCUUACGGAAGUUACGUAAUGUGUGUGUUGGUGGCCUAUGAUAGGUCAAAGACUUUAGAACAAGAUGUUUGCGUAAAAUGGGUCCUUAAUAUUUUACCUUAUGUUCACAUUAUAGCAUCUGAUGAAAAGAAAGAAAUAUUAUCGUCACCAAGGAAAAGAAGAUCCAGAUUUUUGAAAAAUAAUAAAUCACCAGAUUCAAAUCAAGAAAAAGUUCCUUUAUUAAGAGAUUCUGAAUCUGAUUCUAGUAACUAG